CAGGUGUCUGUGUCCCCAUGAUCCGGCCUCUGCUGCGCGUGCACUGAAGGAACCGUUCUCGUGCACAGCUGAUGCUACUCGUGCACAGUUAAAUGCCGCUCGUGCACAGUUGGUGUCGCCCGUGCACAGUUGGUGUCGCUCGUGCACAGUUGGUGUCGCUCGUGCACAGUUGCCGCCGCGGCUCCUCGUCGCUUCCAGAGAUGCGUCUCCUCCGCGGAUGACCCGCUCCCCCCGCAGAGACUCUGGUCUCCAUCUUGGCUGGAGCCUCAAACGCCACCGGGACGGAGUCUCUCACUCUCUCUCCGUCCGUGGGCCGUGCGCGUGUCCGUGGGUCCGCUGCAGCCAUGGCAGAGCAUCUGUCCCAGAGCGAGCUGGACUACCCCUUCAAACUUCUGGAGUAUCUCAACGGCUUCAGGGUGUCGAAGGUGAUCUUCAGCGCCUGCGAGCUGGGAGUCUUUGACCUCCUGCUGAACUCUGCGGAGCCUGUCAGCGCCCAGACGGUGGCCCGGGAGCUGCGCACCAGCGUGGACGGGAUGGAGAGACUGCUGGACGCCCUGGUGGGCAUCGAGAUCCUGGAGGUGGAGGUGACAGGUGGCACAGCUCUGUACAGCAGCACAGACGUGGCCAGCCUCUACCUGGCGAAGGGAAGCGCCAAGUCUCUCCACGACAUGAUCAUCUACCAGUCCCAAACCAUCUACCCGCUGUGGAGCAACAUGGCGAAUGCCGUCAGAGAGGGCAGGAACCAAAACCAGAAGACCUUCGGCCUUCCACCUGAAGAUGUGUUUCAAGCGAUUUACAGGUCAGAGGAGGAGAUGCUGAAGUUCAUGGGUCUGAUGAACUCCACCUGGGUUCUGGAUGGACACGAUGUCGUGACCGCGUUCAACCUCUCAGGCUUUCAGACAAUAGUUGAUCUUGGAGGCUGCACAGGUGCUCUGGCUCGGGAGAUGGCGCUGGCCUAUCCCUCCUCCUCCGUGAUGGUGUUCGACCUGCCUCAGGUGGUUGAAGCAGCUCAGAAGCAUUUCUCCCAGGAGAACCAAACUGUGGUGUUUCAGACCGGAGAUUUCUUCAGUGGGGAAAUCCCUGCUGCUGACCUGUAUGUUCUGGCCAGGAUCCUUCAUGACUGGCCUGAGGACAAGUGUCUGAAGCUGCUGAAGAAGAUCUACGAUGCUUGUAAGCCAGGCGGCGGCGUUCUGCUUGUGGAAGCCAUGUUGUUUGAGAACAGACGUGGGCCCGUCAUGGCGCAGAUCUUCUCCCUCAACAUGCUGGUGCAGGCGGAGGGCAGGGAGCGCGCUCCGUCUGACUACUCCCACAUGCUCCACAAGACGGGCUUCCACAACAUUCAAGUCUGCAGGACUGGGAAGUCCUACGACUCCAUCCUGGCCAUCAGAUGAGCUCUUUGUUUGUCUGAGAAAAUGUGGAAAUCAACAUUUUAGGAUCCUGUUUAGUUUUUGUGAGGUACUGAUGGUCACACUACAGUACUAUAUGUCCUUGUUGUGUAAAGGUUGGCACUAAUAUUAACACUCCUGAGGUCAGUUUGCUGCUGGACAAACCUUCAUCUGGUCUCCUGAAAUCCUUAGCUGUUUCCACAUUAUCUUCAAGUUGGAAUGUGAAGCAAAUGAAAAAAUAUGGUGUUUUUUGUUUUUAAUGUUUUGUGCUGAGCUUUGUGGGUUGAGUUGACUUUUGCUGAGAGUGCAGGGGUGUCAAACUCAAUCGCACAAGUGGCCAAAAUCCAAAACUCACCUUAGGUCGCGGGCCGAACAGGAUAAACAUUUAUUGAACACAAUUAAACUACAUUUUAAAAACUUUAAAACU